CCUCUGGUGUGAGACCGGCAGGGACCCCCCCUCACACCAUCACUGCCUCUUCCUCAGGGAGGUGCUGGAGGAUUUUACCAGGAGGAGAAUGAGCAAGAGCCCAGCUUGGACUUCUUAAAUCUUUCUUCAUCCCCACGAGUCCUGAGGAGUCCAGCGUCUUCGGCUCAGGGUCUUCCUCUUAGUUUCGCCUGAAGAUGAGGCGGCCUCAGUUCUUGCCUCUCUGGGCCCUUCUGGGUGUCCUGUUUGCAGGACUCGUCCCCAAACUGGCCGCUCAGGACACACAAGAUUCAGCUGACCUAAUAUUCUUAAUUGACGGAUCAGAGAACGUUGGAGCAGCCAACUUCCCCUAUGUGCGUGAUUUGGUUUUGAGAAUCAUUGAGCCCCUUGCAGUGAGCAGGGAUGAAAUUAGGGUGGCCUUGGUCCAGUACAACACCUACCCAGACAUAAAACUCUAUCUAAAUAGAUUUUAUGACAAAUCUCAAGUCCUGGGAGCGGUGAAGGGCCUGACCUACUCAGGGGGCGAUGCAUCAAACCUGGGGGCUGCCAUGGAGGAAGUGGCCGAGAGUCUUUUAAGAGAAACAGCUGGGAGCAGGGAAUCACAGGGCGUACCCCAGGUUCUGGUGAUUAUCAGUGCCGGACCAUCCACUGAUGAUACUGGGGUCGGUGACCGGGCCCUUAAGAGGGCUGGUGUCAUCACAUUAGGAGUGUCGAUUGGUGACGAUGCCACUGCAGACCUGGAGGACAUUGCCACAGAUGUGGGUUUUGUCCAGAAAGCCUCUGGUUUCAGCACACUUGUAACCACUGCUGGUCCUCUUGUUGGCAAUAUUAACGGCUUGGCCCAGGGAACCAUUAUUAUUCAGAAUCAGUUCACUGAAGUGGUGGCAGUAUCACCACGAGACAUCAUUUUCCUCAUUGACAGUACGAUGGGACCAGCAAUCCUGAACCAGUUGCGUGACUACAUCAAGCAGUUUGUCACCUCCAGGCCAAUCGGUCCAAACGCAGUCCAAGUGGGUGUUGCCCAGUUUAGCACAGCCCAGAGAGUGGUGGUGGAUCUGAACUCCCAUGAUACCAAGGAAACCUUAAUCCCUGCAUUGGACAACAUCAGACCGAGACCAGGGCAGACCGUCAACAUCGGAGCAGCCUUGAGCUUUGUGCGGGAAAACAUGUUGAGGCCUGAGAAGGGAAGCCGCAUCAGGGCAGGUGUACCACAGCUUGUGAUGUUGUGGACCAGUAAAAGGUCCAGCGACAGUGUCCAGGAACAUGUUGAGGCCCUGCAGAGAACAGGUGUGCUGACUCUGGCUGCAGGCUUCAAAACUGCACAUCUGCAGGAGCUGAAUCAGAUCGCCAUCUCCGAGCAAGCUGUGUUCGCAGCAAAGGAGUUCCGACAAGUGAUGCGAAAAUCGAGGGAAAUCACUGAUGCGCUCUCGACUCUGGCUGGUGGGACGAUUCUUGUCGAGGAGCCAACUGAGCCAGUGGUGGAGAUCACCACAGUGCAGACUCAAAAAGUGGUCCGAGACAUCGUGUUCCUUGUGGAUGGCUCAAACUACGUAGGAAGCACUAACCUCCCCUACGUGAGAGACUUCAUGAUCAACAUUGUCAACCGGCUGGAAGUGAGGCCUGACCGGGUCCAAAUCGGUCUGAUUCAGUUCGCAGAGCGGCCAAGAGUGGAGUUUUACCUGAACACCUACAACAACAAGGAAGACAUUGUUGAAAAAAUCUCUCAGCUCAGGCUGACUGGAGGCUCGUUGGUGAACAUAGGAGCUGCCAUGACUUACGCACAGCAAAAUAUGUUCCAGUCUUCAGGUGGUUCGCGUGGGAAGAACUUUGCCAAGCAAAUUUUGGUUUUGAUAACUGGAGGCCCAUCCCAAGAUGACGCUAAAGCCGUGGCUGACAAACUGGCUAUAAGUGACAUUUUGACUUUCACUGUCAGUUCUGGACAAGCAGAACCAGAAGAAUUGGCAACGAUCGCCUUUGUUCCACAACUGGCUUAUCAUCGAGAUAGCUUCUCAGAAUUUCUGGCUUUGGAUGAAGAAAUUCUGCCAAGUCUGAUAACGAUUGUUGGUGACACAGAUGUGACAACAUAUGAGGGAACAGUUCUUACUGGAGCUGAACGGGACGUUGCUUUCCUGAUUGACGGCACAGACAGCGUUCGGGAAGACUUUCCCUACAUCCGGGAUUUUAUCAUCAAAAUAAUCGAACCACUCGAUGUUGGGAUUGACAAGGUGCGUGUUUCGGUGGUUCAGCACAGCGAGAGGCCGACCCCAGUUUUCUAUCUCAACACUUAUCAAACCAAAGACGAAGUAAUCAGAGCUGUCCAGGUUAUGACGCUGGCUGGAGGACGCAGCUUGAACACAGGAGCUGCUCUGAGAUACAUGAAGGACGUAGCCAUGUCUGAAGGCUCCGGUAGUAGGUCGACUCAAAAUGUCCCACAGUUUCUGAUCGUUUUGGCUGCAGACAGGUCUGCAGAUAAUGUCAAAGAACCGGCUGGUGAGCUGAAGACGGAGGGGGUUGUUCCGUUUGGUGUUGGUGUCAAGAAUGCAGACAAGAGGCAGAUGGAGGAAAUCGCACACAACCCCUCUUUUGCAUUCAAAGUGAAAGAAUUCAGUGAACUCGGCACCAUCCCACAAAGGCUCAACAACUACGUGAGCCUACCAAAGGAGGAGCUGACAGUCCUUCUACAAGAAGCUGAAUCACAGGGCCCUAAGAAGGAUAUCGUUUUCAUUGUUGAUGGUUCUGACAAUGUUGGACGGGAAUUUGCUAUCAUCCAGGAGUUCAUCCGGAGGGUGGUGGACAAUCUCAAUGUGGGCGAAAACAAGAUCCGGAUUGGUGUGGUCCAGUAUGGCGAUUAUCCUGACGCUGACAUGUUUCUGAAUAGCCACACAACAAAAGAAGGUGUUUUGAAAGGCAUCAGAGAAAUGAGGCAGCGAGGAGGGAGGCAGCGUAAUCUGGGCCAGGCCUUGAGGUUUCUAAGGCAGGAUGUUAUGAUACCAGGAAGAGGUAGCAGAAAGCAAGAGGGAGUGCCACAGUUUGCAAUCGUUGUAUCAGGUGGGCCCUCUACAGAUGACAUACAACGUGAAGCCAAUUCCCUCAAACAAUCCAGAGUUAUUCCUUUCAGCAUCGGCACCAGAGAUGUCAACCCGACAGAGCUGCGAAUAUCGUCAUUUGUGUCCGGUUUUGCCUUCACUGUGGAUGACCUGCCUGGCUUGUACACAGUCCAAGACACUCUAAUCAACAAACUAACAGAGAUGUCAGAUGACGACAUCGCAAGGUUGAGGCCAGAGUUCCCAACUUUUCAGGUAAUCACACCACCACCUGUGACAGGAGAUAAGAGGGAUGUUGUAUUUCUCAUUGAUGGCUCAACAGCAUCACGUAACGAGUUUUCUUCUAUCCGAGACAUGAUAACAAGAGUUGUGGACAAGCUGGAUGUAGGAUUAGACAGAGUUCGAGUUUCUGUGGUGCAGUACAGUGAUGACGCAAACGCAGAAUUCCUUCUUAACGAGCACUCAUCCAAAAGUGAAGUACGGCAGGCCGUGGGAAGACUUCGAAGCAAAGGUGGAAAUCUUCUUAACACAGGUCGUGCUAUGGAGUGGGUCAAUAGAAACAUCUUCCAGAGGUCUGCGGGAAGCCGAGUUGAAGAAGGCGUGCCUCAGUUCCUCAUCCUAGUUACAGGUGGAAAAUCUUCAGAUGAUGUAUCCCAACAAGCUGACCAGCUCAAGAGAAAUCAGGUUGCACCUCUUGCCAUUGGUUCGAGGAAUGCAGACAUGGAUGAACUGAGACUGAUUUCCCUGAAGCCAGAGCUUGUAUACUCUGUUGACAGUUUCCGGCAACUUCCAAGAGUGGAGUCACAACUGCUUAGAUCAGUCGAAACAAUAUCCAGCACUGACAUCAGAAGUUAUGUUCCAACUGUGGAAAUCGUUACCAUUGAUCUAGGUAAAAAGGACAUCAUCUUCCUCAUUGAUGGCUCGGACAGCACAGGUCCUGAUGGGAUUGCUCAUAUUCGAGACUUCAUCGUCAGCAUUGUCCAACAGCUCAAUGUGCAGCCCGAUAAAGUGCGAGUGGGUGUCGUUCAGUACGCAGACAGAAUGAAAACAGAGUUCUCUCUUAACUCGCACAACAACAAGCAAGCUGUGCUCUCUGCCGUGAAAAGACUUCGUCAGUUGGGCGGACGCUCCUCACUACUGGCUAACGCCAUCGACUACGUGUUAGAGAACGAGUUCAAACCAACAGCUGGCGUUCGCCUGUCUGAUGCCUCGCAGUAUCUUGUGGUCCUCACGGGUGGACCCUCAGCCCAACCAGUCUCCGUCUCUGGGCCUUUGCUUAAGAACAAGAAAGUGAACUGCAUUGCUCUUGGAACUGGCAAAGCUGACAUAAGUCAGCUGAGACAAAUUGCCACAGCCUCCGAAGAUGUUCUUAACAUUCCUUCAUUUCCCAGCCUGCCUGCAACAAAAGAAAGGUUUAUAGCCAGACUGAGUGGAACCCCACUGCAAGGUCCAACGGAAAUUGACUUUCCUACCGAAGGACAAAUCCCAUCUAAAAGAGCUGAUAUUGUUUUUCUCAUGGAUGGAUCUAACAACUUGGGCCGAAAGAACUUCAACGAAGUCAGAGACUUCAUAAUCAACCUGAUCGAUCUGUUCUACACAGAGAGAGAUGACCUGCGAAUUGGCAUCGCACAGUACGCCACAGAUGUGGUUGAUGGCUUUUUCCUGAACACAUACAAGAACAGGGAUGAUGUUCUAAAUGCCAUUGGUGAAAUAGAGUACAAGGGUGGAGUCAGAAUCAACACUGGCGCUGCCAUUCGCCACAUUGGAGAUGUUCAUUUAACGAAGGCGAAAGGCAGCAGGAUUGAAGAAGGUGUUCCUCAAAUCCUCAUGGUCGUGACUGGAGGUCGCUCAUCAGAUGACAGCAAGUCGGCCGUCCUGGGUCUGAAAAACAAACGCGUAAGGGUUUUCGCUGUGGGAGUCGGUGACAUUUUGAGCGAGUUGGAAAGCCUGGCAAGCUCGACUUCCACUGUUGCCCGAGCCGAUACCUUUCAGGGGCUUUCAGAGCUCAAUGAGCAAAUCCUGGAGGCUUUGGAUGAUGAAGUAAAGGGGACGGUGUGUGAUGAUCAGCAACAAGCGAUUAAAACCUGCAACAUCGAGGUGUUGGUAGGCUUUGAUGUGUCAGGGCAGAACAUCUUCAAUACUCAGACUAACCUUCAGAGCAAGAUGGGCGCCAUUCUGCAGAGGAUUUCCAAAAUGACACCGAUCAGUUGCUCGGGUGGGGGCAAUCCCUCGGUGCAAAUGGGUAUUCUGGCCUUGGAUUCUGCCUCUGCGGCUGUGCAGUUGGACUUCACAGACAAUCCUAAUGUGCUGUUUGAGGCCUUCAAAGACCUGCGGAGUCGCGGUCCCUUUAUCCUCAAUGGUCGGACAAUCUCAGCCUAUAAAGACAGGUUCAAAGUCAGACAGGAUGAGACCAUCAAGGUUGUUAUUCAUCUGACUGAUGGUCUUGAUGCCCCAUAUGCUGAAAUGAAAAGACAAGUUGAGGAGCUUCAUCUGUCAGGAGUAAACAGCUUCAUUCUGGUUGGACUGGAGCGGGCGCAGAAGUUUGAGGAGGCUCUGUUGUUGGAGUUUGGUCGUGGCUUCAGGUACACCAGACCAUUAAGACUCAAUGUCAUGGACCUGGACUAUGAGCUCGUUGAGGAACUGGACAAUGUUGCAGAGAGGGAGUGCUGUGGAGUGCCGUGCAAAUGCACUGGUACGAGAGGAGACAGAGGAGCUGUUGGACUGCUAGGACUUAAGGGUAGUCCAGGAUUACCAGGAAGCCCAGGACAUCCUGGUGAUGAGGGUGGGCCUGGAGAACGAGGACACCCUGGUGUGAAUGGUACUCAAGGUUUCCAGGGAUGUCCUGGACCAAGAGGUCUCAAGGGCUCUCGUGGAUUCUCAGGAGAAAAGGGUGAGUUAGGAGAACUUGGACUUGAUGGCAUCAACGGACAGGAGGGUCAAAGUGGAGUUGCUGGACCUCCUGGAGACAGAGGAAGUCCCGGCAGGAGAGGUCCUAAAGGCAUCAAAGGACAAGCAGGAGACAUUGGACAAAGAGGACUCAGAGGAGACCCUGGAACGAGCGGGCGGGACAACAACCGAGAAGGACCUAAAGGAGAUCCUGGUGAUGCUGGACCGGUGGGUGUCCCUGGUGAGGAUGGAAGGAAAGGAGCUCCUGGACAACUUGGAAGAAAUGGACUGGAUGGCAGAAGAGGCCCACCUGGACCACCUGGACGCGCCGGACCCUCGGGAGACGCAGGUCAGAAGGGCCAGCUGGGUGUUGCAGGAUCCAGAGGUUCAAGUGGACCAAUCGGCACAAAAGGACAAAAAGGAGAAGACGGGAACCCCGGGCCGAGGGGUCGCGGAGGAGACCCAGGUCAAAUUGGAGACAAAGGUCGACGAGGACCUCUUGGGCGUAAGGGCGAGCCAGGAGAGCCAGGAAUCAAGGGUGACGUCGGGCCCUCGGGCCCCCGUGGAGAGCCUGGUCAAGAUGGUAGAGAUGGUGCUGGUACUCCAGGUCCAAAAGGAAAAAAGGGUGAUAUAGGUUUCCCUGGAUACCCUGGACUAAAGGGCGAGGCCGGAGGUUCUGGCACUCUAGGCGGACCUGGAUCCAGAGGAAACCAGGGACAACGAGGUGUCUCUGGGAACAUUGGUCCAUCUGGACAGAAGGGAGAAGUUGGAUAUCCUGGGCCUUAUGGUGCCAAAGGACCAAGAGGACCAGGUGUUGUGCAAUGUGACCUGGUCAAGAAGAUCAGAGACAACUGUCCUUGCUGUUAUGGGAAGCUGGAGUGUCCUCUCUACCCCACGGAGCUGGCCUUUGCCCUGGACGUCUCCCAGAACGUUGAUCGUCCCAUCUUCAACAACAUGCGUGACACGGCUGCACGCCUGGUCAAAGACAUCACCAUCGCUGAGAGCAACUGUCCACGAGGAGCCCGCGUUGCUCUGACCCUCUACAACUCCGAAGUCAUCACCGAGAUCCGGUUCGCCGACGCCAUGAAGAAGCGUGCCCUGGUGGAGCACAUCGAGGGCCUGCAGAUUCCCAGGUCUAGUAAACCCCCAAGCUUGGACACGGCCAUGAGCUUCGUGGCCCAGAACACUUUCAAGAGGGUGCGCAGUGGUUUACUUAUGAGGAAGGUGGCUAUCUUCUUUGUUGGCCAUCGGGCUGGUCAGACUCGGGCGAUUUCUAACGCCGCUCUUCGCCUCCACGAUGCUGGAAUUGCCACUUUGUUGUUGGUCAACCGUGAGGACAGAGCCCUCAGCAAAGCAGUGCAGGUCAACAACACACAACUGGCCCAGGUACUGGUUCUUCCUAGUCCUGGAAGUGCCCAGUAUGACGAAGUCUUUCAGAAAAUCAUGAGCUGCCAUGUUUGCCUAGAUGCAUGCUUUCCAGACCAAACCUGUGACUACAUCCCUCCAUCAAUCAGUCGAGAUCGCCGUUCAUUGACCUUUGAUGUGGACAUCGACAUGGCUUUCCUCAUGGACAGCUCUGAGUCUACUUAUCCAUCCUACUUUCUGGAGAUUAAAAGAUACAUUGCUCACAUCAUAGAAGCCCUCCAUGUGUCUUCAAACCCCACAUCAUCUUCUCAUCACGCCAGAGUGUCCGUCAUCCAGCAGGCACCUUACGAAUUUGUCCAGAACAAAUCCGGCUCUCCCAUUCACGUGGACAUCGGCUUGACUGAGCACCACUCAGCUCAGGAUAUCAUCAAAGUCCUGCUGGACAAGACACAGCAGCUAGAGGGUGGCCGAGCACUGGCGGCGGCCAUUCAAUCCACAGUGGAGGAAACAUUUGAGAAAACACCGCUCCAACGUGAUAGGAAGGUUCUGAUGAUCUUUGUGACGGGAAGUGUUGCAGAUCAAGAGGAGCAGCUGAUUCGUGUUUCCAACGAUGUCAAAUGCCGAGGAUACUUCCUGGUCAUCUUCGGCGUGGGUGAAACGCUGAGUCCAAGGGACGCUCAAGUCCUGUCACGCAUGGCAAGCGAGCCUUCGGACGUCUUCUUCAAACGGAUCGAAAGCAUCUCUCACUUUUAUAACAAACACAUCCAGAACUUUGGUCAGCUGUUACCAAAGUACAUCAGCUUUGAAACCAGCCCCGAAUCGUCCAGUGAAUGUAAGAUGCUGCAGAGUGACCAGCCGCUGAAAAGCCCCCUGAUGCACCCACACCAACAGGAGAAGCAUCAGAAACAUUAUGAAAGUCAACAAACCGUCUUUGAAAGAAAGCACAAUGACCCAGAUGAGCUCCACGUCUCGAACGUCACCUCGAGCAGCUUGAAGUUGCGAUGGGGCAACUCCGACCCAAAGCUCUUUGUUUACUUUGAGGUCGUGGUAACCCGAGUGCCGGACCACGCACUGGUUCUGAAGACUAACGUGUCAGGCACGGAGAUUUCCGUGGACAACCUGGAAAGUGCUCAGACGUACCACGCCGCGGUCUCGGCGUACACGGCUGAGGGCCAGCUCGUCUCCACGCGCAAGGGAAUCAUCCAGACCAAAGCAGCCAGCCACAUCAGCAGCACUGUUACACCCCCGCCUCUGGACAACCCAGAGACCGCUAACCAUCUUGCAGACCCAUGCUCACUUGACUUUGACGCCGGAUUGCCGUGCAAAGACUAUGAGCCUAAGUGGUUCUUUGACAGAAAGAAUGGGUUCUGUGCACAGUUCUGGUAUGGAGGGUGUGGAGGAAAUGAGAAUAGGUUCGACUCAGAGGCCCUGUGCUUGAAAAACUGCGUGAAGUCAGCAACGGAGCCUCAACCGCAGGAGCAGCAGGUCCAACAGCUGGAGCUCCUCCCAGCUCCUGCACCAGUCAACCAAGGAAUCAUGGCCACAGUGAAAACAUAG